AUGGAGGACGACCUACGCAUAACAACACAUCCUCAACCCCGCCGCUUGCGCUUGACGGUCAAGCCUCUGUUGGGCGGCACUCCCGUCGUGCUCGCACCCGUGCACCCCGACGACACCGUGGGCCACACGAAGGCGCGCGUGCGACUCGCUCUGCCGCACCUCCCCGAGCGGCAGCAGCGCUUCAUCUGCGGUGGCCGCCAUCUCGGCCCCGACCAAGACCACCUCACCCUCGCCCAGUGCGGCAUCGUGCCCGCCGCUGCCGCCAGCAGUAGUGGUAGUCGUGACCAGUCCGGCUCUGUCGACUCGACGACGACCACCACCGACACAGAAGAGUGGGAGGACCUGGAGGCGAAGCUCCUGGUGAUGGCCAUCCACGCGUGCGUGUGGGACCAGGCCAUGACGACGCCUGCAAAGCUCGCGGCCGGGAGCAUUGCAGCACGGCGCGCCAAGGCAGACGUGGCCCGCAGGCUGAAUGGCGGUGGCGCCGACGUCGGCGUGCGGUGGUUCGACAUAGGGCCGGACCCCACCAAGGCCCAGGGCGACUUGCCGUCCGUCUUCCACGUCACUCUCCUGGUCUUCGAGGGCACGCCCUACCAAGGCGGAAAGUUUGUGGUUGAGGUGGAGAUGCCGGAGAACUACCCCUUCGACCCUCCGCGCCUGCGCAUGCGCACCCCUAUCUACCACCCGACGGUCAAGGCCAACGGCGCCAUCACCGUACUCUCCUUGACACCGCCGCCGCCGCUGCCGGAAGCCACCGAGGCCACCGCGGAGAGCGGCGCGGGUGAGGGGUGGAAGGCCGAGGUGGAGGAAUCGAGGCAGUACUGGUCGCCGCAGCGUUCGUUCCUGGACGUGGUCGAGCUCGUGCAUCGGCAGCUCCGCCUGGCCCGGCCCUGGUCGCCGCUGUUCGGCGUCGUUGGCUACCAGCCCGAGGAGUGGAGCGGUCGCGCUCUGCUCGAGCGACGGCGCCUAGCCGGGCAAACCCGCACCGAUCCGCCCAGGCCCGGUCUUGAUGGCGUGGCCCUGUUUCGGCGUCUGGGCGUCCUGCGCCGGGCCGAGCCGGCUGAGCCGCUCCCUCCAGUCAUGACCGAGGAGGAGGCCGAGCAGGCGCGGCGUCGGCUGGUCGAGGCCAAGGCCCGGGCGCUGACCCGCUUCCACGCGACGGACGGGCGCUACGUGUGGCACGAGCGCGACCACCCGUGGCUGCCGCCGGCGCUGCGGCGCGACGCGAUGGUCCUCCUCAUGCUCGUACGACGGCAAUCCGAGGGGUUGCGGUUGCCGGAGGAGCUCGUGCGGCUGAUCGUGCAGGAGCUGGCGCGGCUUCACCACGAAGCGUCGAAGCACGUCGUGUGA